UAUAGCACAUCAGAUCAGUGCGCUUAAAAUUUUUUUUGUAGAAAGUAUUAUUUUGUACCUACCUAGGUUUAAAUUACCUAGUACCUACGUCCUACUUAGUAGGUACUUGCUUUGUGGUAGGUACCUACAGAGUACAGGCUACAAAUUACAAUCUACUUCAUUACAAAAAUAACUCGGUGUUACUAAUAUUCUGUAAAUAAACUUUUGGAAUAAAUCGAAAGAAUUUAGAAGCUUCCAAUAAUUCAGAGAUUGCUUCAAUUAUUAAGUACCUACCUUAAAUUAGUAGACUCAUAGAAUAACCGUAUAGAGAUGUUCAGAAGUGGGUUUAAUAGUUUCUGUUUUAUGUGAAGGUUAGUUUCUGAGUACCUACAUAUAUUUUUUAAUACGAGUGCCUUUAGUCUUUAAUACCCGCAUCGCUAAAUAAGCUCUAAUAAUAAAAUUACAUUAAUAUGGAUGAUAAUAUUGACGACUUAUGCAAUUUAUCAAUUGAGGAUAGACAUAAAAAAGAGCGAAAAGAACUACAAGCCAAGAUACAGGGAUUAAAAAAAGUUGCUAAAAAUGAUAAAUCAAAGAAAAAAGAACUAACCGCUGAAAUUGCUAGGUUAGAAAUAGACAUUGAUAUUCGCCAUAAAAAAGAGAUUGAAGAAGCGCAAAAACAAUGUCAUAAUGAAGAUGAGUUAAUUGAAGAAAUAAAUAGUAAUGACAAUAAUGAAGAAGGUACAAAAACUAAAUUGUCUAAAGCCCAAAAACGUAGGGACAAAAAAUUACAACAGGAGAGAGAGCGAGAAGCACAAAUAAAGCUACAAGAAAAAGAAAAUCUGCAUGGACCUAGAAAUAAAGAAAUUCAAGAAAUUUCUUCCCGGCUUAAACAAAGAGGCCUUACAAUUUAUUCCAUUCCAUCAGAUGGAGACUGUUUAUACAAAGCAAUUUCACACCAAUUGUCUAUUAAAAAGGAUUAUUGUGUAACAGUUGAACAAUUAAGAAGUAAUGUUGCAACUCAUAUAAGAAGUAACAAAGAUGAUUUUCUACCUUUCUUAACUAAUCCAGAUACAUUUGAAAUGUUGACAGAUACUGAAUUCAAUGAAUACUGUGAUAAAAUAAGUAACACUAAAGUUUGGGGUGGACAACUAGAAAUAAGAGCUUUGUCAAAUAUUUUACAAUGUCCCAUAACUGUUAUUCAAGCCACUGGCCCUGAAACUAUUGAACAGGGAGAAGAGUACCCUGGACCUUCAUUGAUAAUUACUUAUCAUCGGCAUAUGUACAGUUUAGGAGAACAUUAUAAUUCAACUCAGAUAUUGAAUGAUAAUCAAGAGUAAUUUAUAUAAGGUUUAACUAGUAUAUAUUAUGUAAUAUUUAAUAUAUUGAAUAAAGUUACUUUCACAUAGUAAAGGUAUACAAACUAUUGUUUUUAUAAUUAUCAAAUAAAACAACUAAAAUUAA